AUGGAUAUUUGUUUCAAAAUUGUAAAUUCAACAAGAGGCAAAUCUCUUCAAAGACGGCUCUUUAACUUGCGACUAGAUGAAAAAAAAACAGAUUUAGCAUUACAUACCGACGUAAGNAGAGGCAAAUCUCUUCAAAGACGGCUCUUUAACUUGCGACUAGAUGAAAAAAAAACAGAUUUAGCAUUACAUACCGACGUAAGAUGGUUGAGCCGAAGCAAGUUUUUGCAAAGAUUUAGAGAUUUGUUCGACGAAAUAAUCAAAUUUCUUGACGAGAGGGGUGAUAACUAUCAGCAAUUGCAAGACUUAGACUGGCAAUGUGAUUUAUCAUUUUCAGCCGAUUUCACUGGAAAACUUAGCACAUUAAAUCUGGAACUACAAGGCAAGAACAAAACAGUAUCGGAUAUGGUGAGUUCUAUUGAAGCGUUCAAAUAUCAAGCAGCAUCUAUGAUAGUUGAUCUUGAAAAGAAAAAGUUUCAACGAUUUACGAACAUCAAAGAUUAUAUGGAAAAGCACCCUAACUAUGUUUUUAAUCCUGAUAAGUACAAUUCAGAAAUUAAAACAGUGGUAUCCGAUUUCGAAAUCCGCUUCAGUGAUUUUAGGAAAAUUGAGAAGUUGGUGGAAUUCAUCAGUUAUCCAUUCAAUGAUGCCAUUAUUGACACUUAUGAAAUGUCUAAGAAAUUUGCAGAAACGUUUCAAAUGGACCACAUUUCACUUGAAAAUGAAAUUAUUGCUUUGCGUUGCGAUCUGUUUCUGAAAGCAAGGUCAGGGCUCAUGUUUAGAUUUCUGGCCAUUGGUUUCCAACGAGAAAUACCCAAAUUUAAAAAGAUGUGUUGA